GGGAGACCCGGUGAUGUCACGUUAAGCAGGGAAGCCUCACGUGCCUCCGGUGCGCCCUGCAUUAUACCGAGCCCUAACGAUCCGACACCGAGCGUCUUGUGAUAUUAACGCGUCCGGCGGGCUUCUUAAAGGCGCAGCGACACCUGCGUUUGUGCGUCACAUCGAGGUUCCCCUCGCAUCGCAUCCAGCGCCGGAGCAGAAAAGCGGGGAAAAUACUCGACGUUCGGCGGAUGAACCGUGUUUGAGGUGUUGCGGGUUUUUCCUCGUCGCGUUCGGGUGGAGUCGAGCCACAUACUGAGCCGUGACACACUUCAGGACUCAAUCAUGAAGGACGGAAUGGCUAAUAACAGCACCGCCAGCAUCUCUCAGGCCCGGAAAGCCGUGGAGCAGCUGAAGAUGGAGGCCUGCAUGGACAGGAUAAAGGUGUCCAAGGCCGCGGCGGACCUGAUGGCGUACUGUGACGCUCAUAUACGAGAGGACCCGCUCAUCGUGCCUGUCCCGGCCUCAGAAAACCCGUUCCGGGAGAAGAAGUUCUUCUGCACCAUCCUCUGAGGCCGGGCCGGGCUGCAGGUUCUGCCGUGAGGUUUCCACGUCCCUGGCUGCUGCCGCUGAGCUGUGUUUGAGUGGCAGCGCCGCAUCUGUUGACGGUCCGAUCCCUCCCGGACGCCUGUGGGGGUUUUUUUGGGGGGGGGGGUCAAUUAACUGGCAACCCGGUCAGAGCGUCUCAUGUCUCGUUAAAUAGGUUUGUUAUUACUUGGUAAUUAGAGAACAGCCUUUCUCACUGCUUAUGAGAUGAGAGAUUUUUGUGUUUUCGUUUAGUUUUGACUCAUGUGUCGUGCCACAGAGGAUGUGAAACCCUGACGGGUGGAUGUUUUCUAAUGUAUUUAGACGUUUUUUUAAACUUCAGCUAUUUGAUAUGCAUCACUGGUCAAAUGUUUGGACACACUUGAGCGAAUCUUCAAAAAAAGCAGAGGACAAAAACAACAGAACUCAAUAUUUAACAAUCGUUAGCUAUGCAUCCAUGCGUUAAUUAUAUUGAUGGAAAUAUAUGUCAAAUCAUACAGUGGUCAUGAAGUCAUAAACACAAUCCAUUUUUCCUGCUAUUGCAAAUAUUUAUUCGUCCAUAGAUUUAAUAAAAAAGUAAUUCUCUCCGUGUCUUGAAUGAUUGAAAUUAGUUGUUGACAAAUUGUGACUUUGUAUGAAUUUGUUUACAAAACUGGAAUUCGAUUAAAUCAUUUUAAAACUUGAAUUUGAUUGAUGAAUGUCCAAAACAAGAAGCUCAAAUCUAAGAGAGAUUUCAUUUGCGUUGCAUGUUUUAGUCUCUACAUUAUUCCCAGACUCCCAUUUGUUUUAUUUCAUAGGUUUCAUGACUAUUGUCUGUUUUUGAAUAUCAGUCGUAAUAAAAAAUAAUGCAUCCGCCCUUUGACUUUGAUCUGUAUUUAGAUAUAAUUAUUUUAUUAAACUUCUCCUUUUUAUUCAGUAAGGAGUCA